AUGGCUGCUCUUGUUCGAUGGUCCAUAAUCACCCUGGGACUACUAUUUUUCUAUCCAGGUAGGUCAUACAUAGGUUUUGUUGAUCGUUUUUGUGCCACUUCUCACCUAGGCUAA